AUGCAUUUAAACAUAAACAGUUUACAAAAUAAGUUAGAAGAAUUAAAAAUCUUAAUUGAGAAUUUUAAAGCGCAGGUGAUAUUCUUGUCAGAAACUAAGAUUGAUUCCUCAUACCCUAGCGAACAGUUCAUGUUAAACGGAUAUACUAUAUAUCGCAAAGAUCGCGUGAAAGGAGGAGGUGGAUUGAUGGCAUAUUUUUCUUCAAAUAUCCCGUCAAAGAAGUUGAAAUUACCUCGAAAAUUCAGCACUUUCGAAGCACUGGCUGUGCAGUCAAAAUUUGGUAGACACGAAGUUAUUGUACUGGGACUAUAUCGUCCUCCAAAGGCAAGUGGUAACAAUUAUUAUCUUAGACUCGAGAACGACCUAAAUGAUAUUAUUACGUGGGCAUCAUUGCAAAAACAAUUUUUGGUUAUUACUGGUGAUCUGAAUAUGGACAAGCUAAAGCCAGAAGAAAAGGAAGGGAAAAUCCUAUGCGACAUUUAA